GCUGACUUCCCUUUUCAUCCAGUUCUACCAGAUUUCACUAGAAGACAGUGUGACCUGGUUGACUUAAGAGCGACGUUGUGUCAAGGAAGGUGGUUAAAGUAAAUGGUGUCAAUGAGUCUGAUUGUCCCCGUCUGAUUGUCCCAUCGAGGGUGAGAUCUGCACCAUGAACACAUCACACUGGACCCUGGCAUUUAUAUGUCUCAUCCAGGGUUAUUCAUCUGCAAACAUGUGGGGUGUUUCAAUUCCAACAACUCUUAAUGCAUUGGAAGGGACAUCUGUGACCUUUAACUGUUCUUUCUGGUAUCCUGGUAUACGUGCAUCCAGAAUAAUUGCCAUGUGGUUACAAAAUCUAUGUCACGAAGACUCCGACAAACUGUACAUGAGCGAGGAGCAACGCCCAGACUCUGGAGUAGAAUUCAUUGGAAAUCUGACUCAGGGCAACUGUUCUCUUCGAAUUAAUGCUGUUCAGAAAAAGCACAAUAACAUUUUCUGCUUCAGAUUUGUAAUUCCACACAGAGACAGAUGGACGGGACUACCAGGCUUGCAACUCACUGUUUACGCCCGUCCAAAAAAACCCAUUAUCUCACCUUCGGAGUUGGUCGAAGGGGUCACGACCAAUUUGAAUUGUUCCUCCUCUAAUAUUGACGAAAAGACAAAGACCAGACUGAACUGGUAUGGCCUUGCUGACCUGACAGCAGAACAAUGCAAUGAUAAUACAAGAGUGCUCAGCAGUUGUAUCCGUUUCAUCCCAUCAUAUCAGGAUCACAACAAGAUCGUCAAAUGUUCAGUAACCUACAGUGUGUUCUCAUAUUCUGAUGAAGCCAACAUUACUCUCAACGUUUCAUAUGCACCCAAAAAUAUAACCAUCCGAGUGGAUAACGGAUCAGAAUUAGCAAUCAAAGAAGGUGAUAAGGUCUCCUUGACUUGCACCAGUAACAGUAACCCCGAAGCUACAUACAGCUGGUACAAGAGUGAAGAUGAAAAAGGUGAAACAAGACGUAUUAAUGCCUCUAAAGGCACUUUAUCAUUCCAGAGUAUUGCAAGUGGGGAUUCUGGGUUCUACAGCUGUAAAGCAGCAAAUCACAUUGGAAAUAAUAUGUCGGAAACUUUGGAAAUUCGUGUCCAGUAUGCACCUAAAAACAUAACCAUUCAAGUAGUUAAUGGAUCACAAUUGGAGGUUAAAGAGGGAGGCAAGCUCUCCUUGUUGUGCACCGGUAAUAGCAAUCCUGAAGCUACAUACACCUGGUACAAGAGAGAGGAAAGCAAUGGUCAAACAAGAUCUCUUAGUGCUGUGAAAGGAACUCUGACCUUCCAAUAUGUUUCUAGAAGCGAUUCUGGUUUCUACAGCUGUACAGCAACAAAUUAUAUUGGAAGUGGGUCUUCGGAUGAUUUGGAAAUCUACGUCCAAUACAAACCUGUUGAAGUAAAAAUCAGUCGAACUAGGAUGAGUUUUAGUUGUAUGGCCAAAGCCAAUCCCCUGGCACAGAUUACAUGGAACUUCACAGGGAACAUCAAACCAGUGACUACUGGCAACUUGACCAACAGCACACUGACCCUGAAAACAAUGUCAAGGAUUUGUGUUUCAUGUCAAGCUCGAAAUAAACAUGGUGUUGUGUAUUCAGAUGAACAGUGUACCAAUGUAAAAGAGACUUCGGCAGCGAUCCUGAAAUUUGCGAUUGGAGGAUCACUUGGUGGGAUAGGAUUUCUCCUGGCUAUUGUGCUUUGGAUACGAAGGAAAGACUUGUUCAAAGGAAAAAAGCCAGAAAUUAAUUCACAACCAGCCCUCCAAUGUGAAAAGCUGGACACAAAACAGAGCAAUCAGGCCAACAUUUCCACCACCAACGUUGUAUAUGACAACAUACGGACAAGUGAGAGUCCAGGCAACGAAUUGCAGACUCUGAGGAAGAAUCCUGCCAAUACUUUGGUGUAUGCUUCCAUACAGUUUAACAACAAGUCUAAGGACUUGGAUCCAGAAAAUUCCCACCUCAGACAAGUCAAACCUGGCAGCACGCAGCAAAACCAAGUUACAGAAUCCAUCGAUAGUGCUGUGUAUGGGAAUGUGGGCGAGUACAAACCAUCCAGUGAAGAAACAAGCAUCAUCAGAAAAGAACCUGAAGACGAUGUACAAUAUGCCUGUGUCGUGUUUAAGAACACGCCACUUGAUCCAAAAACAGCGAUCCACUGAGCAAAAUAAACUGCGUGUGGCAUCAUCUGGGCAAACACAGUUCUGAAACCACGGAUCUUGGUUAUGUAGGAUAAUUGGAUUUUCAUUGAUGUCAUUUUGUUUUAUUAAUUCAUAGGAUGUGAAUGCUUUUGGCUGGACCAACAUGUAUUGCCCAUCCCUAGUUGCCCUUUCUUUUCAAGAUGGCAGUCUUCAUCUUUUAUCUUUAUCUUGUCAGCGAUGGCCAAGGAAGACAGGUUCGGUGGUGGUGUCUGAGUUGGUGGCGACAGAGUCAGCUAGCUGGUGAGCACGGAGCAGGACUGUACCGUUUUGUGGCUCUGCUCCUGGGCUUGGCCAAGAUGGCCAUGAACAGGCCCAGGCAGUGGGCUAUGGAAGGGCUCAUUGUUCUUGACUGUCUGCCCCUUUAUCGCGGUAAUGUCUGUAACCAAAUGUCCCUGGAGCGAGAACACGCGGUGCACACAGGCCUGGUCAAGGCCAUUUGUAACUGAUGAGGGCCACAGGAAAUGGAGUGCAUGAUUGACCGAGAUGAAGACAUUUUAAUUUACUAUGUUUUUGUUCUAUGGUUUAAGUUUCUGUUUGGCUUUUUGAAUUUGUGCUUGCUUUUGGUUUGGUGUCCCCAGCAAGGGCUGUUUCAUUUUGCCACGAUAUCAUUUUGGGCUCGUUGUGAGGGCCAAGGGAGCUUUUAUUUCAACUCAUUGUCGCCCCUGUCCUGGGAACGUUCGAUGGGAACAGAGCUGAGGGGAACUUUCUUUUCAGUUACACCUUCUUGUCCCCAUCCCAGGAAUGUUUCAUGGGGACAGAAUUGAGGGGGUGUCUUUUCUUGUUUUCUAAAUCAGAGGAACUUUAUUUUGUGUUGAAAGCAGGACCCUGGUGGCAGCAUCGGAGGCAGCUAUUGGCAGUGAUAAGGCAACCGUAGCAGGAGCGGCGGAGGUGAAGAGGCACGUGAAGUAGAAAGAUGGACUCUCUUUAAGUUACAUCAUUUCUUUAUUUUUAAGUUAAUGGCGCCGGAGCGUGGCGACAGUCCAAGCUUUUCUCCUGUGUUUUAUCUUAAGUACACAUGACCAUAAACAACACAAUUCAGAUGGUGAUGGCGAACUGCCUUCUUGAGACACUGCAGUCUGUGUGCUGUGGGUAGACGUGCGGUGCCAAUAGGGACUGGCUUCCAGGAUUUGACCCUGCGACCCUGAAGGAACUGCGAUAUAUUUCCAGGCGAGGAUGUUGUGUGGCAUGGAGGGAAUACCAUACUGCCAUAACAAUGGAUGGUAAUCCUGAAUUACUUACAGACGGAUUAAAAUUUUAGGUAAGACAGUUUCUUUUUAGUUGAAAACAUAAAACGACACACAAGCAGAUCUGGUUGACAGACAUAAAUAGGAGAGUCAGAGUUUCUUUUCACUCUGAGAGCUGGCUCUGAGGAUGCUGGAUCAGUGUUACAGACUCACCACGUGUAAAUAAAGGUUGACUUGGUGAUGGGA